GAAACAGGAUCUCACUCGACUGUCUGUCUACCUGUAUAUAAGCCGCUUCUACCCCCUAGAAACCGGAACGGAUACGAAUCAUAUAACAUAUCCCACACACCCUCUUCAACAAUAUCCACCCAUAAACUACACAAUGGUCCUGGUCCCCCAAACAGACCUCUACUCCUUCUUUUCCGAGGAACGCUUCUCGUGCCUGGACUAUCUCGACGACUCGGAGCUUGAUCCAGCCAGUCGCGCCCACAUCAGCGAGCAAGUGUGCGAUCUCCUGGGCCUAUUUUUCCAAGUAACAAAAUGCACCUACCUCCCAUUCGAGAAAGACACCCAUCUCCGACAGCAGCUCUGGGGAUGGGCAGAGAAGGAACUGACCCACGCGACCUCGUAUGACAUGGGCAGCCUGCAGCCCGUCCUCGAGGCCGCCGCCUCGUUCACCGAGUCCUGCUACCCGCUGGCCUCCAACGAGAUGCGCCUCUCCAUGUCCCAAGGGACUGCCUUCAUAGUGUCCCUGGACAGCUACCUCAUCCACCCCACGGUAAAACAAAACCUAGCCCAAUCCCAGUGCCGUCUCUCCGCCGGCCUCAAGCCCCUCGACGACUUCUCCUCCUCCUACUCCGCCUUCACCAAAGAAGUCGCCGACCUCUACGGCUCCCUGGACCCACUCAUCGGCACACUCUCCGCCAGCGGCUGGGGCCAGCACGUCGAGGGCUGGUGUCUGGAGGAGCAGAUCCAGCUCGCAUACAGCCACACGCAAUGCGAAGCCGAGUCCGAGUCCCAGUCCCAGUCCCAGUCCCAGUCCGAAUCCACAUCCAAAUCCAGGCCCGCCCCUCAGAGUCAGAGUCAGAGUAUGAAAAUCUGCCACGUGGAAGACUUCCCCUUCUACCUGCGCUCCAUAACUGGCGUCCCCAUCCCCUACAUCACGGGGAUCUUCAAGCCGACCAGGGGGUUGGAAGUCCCCUACACGCUGUGGAUGUCCUGUCUCCCCGCGCUGAAGGUCUUCGCGUGCCUCUCGAACGACCUGUUCUCGUACCCGAAGGAGUUGCUGGACUGCGAGAAGUUCAACUUCAUCAAUAUCCAGACGAAGACAAAGCAGGAUGCCGGCUUCAAGUCCCAGUUUGUGGAGGAUAGGCCGUGGACGGUGCGGGACACGCUGUACGAGACUGCGAACCGGGCCGUGCAGUGCGUGCGGGCCAUCGAUGAGGCGUUUGGGGCCAGACGACCCGCUGGUUCCUCCUCGGGGGCGAGGAGUGUGGAUUAUGAGUUUCAGCUGGCGGCUACGCUGUGGUCGUUGUUCAAGCAGGGGUAUAUCUCUUGGCAUAUUAGAUGUCCGCGGUAUCGGCUUGAUACUCUCAGAUCGAGGUUUGAGGGUUCGCUGCAGGUCAAUUGAUGGAUUGAUUGAUUGAUUGAUUGUUUUCUGUUCUGCUCUCUUGGGAGGGGUUCCCCCAUUCCCUCAAAUAUACGGCUAUGCUCUUGAUGUCCUGAUACCUAGACUUGAAUUUUAAAUCAUGUUACGCAUUUUU